AUGGCGCUGGCCGGGGGGGUGGCGCUGCUGCGGCUCGCCGCCGGCGGCCUGCGGGGCCCCGGGAGUCUGCUGUGGGCCCAGCACAGCCGUGACGCCACCGCCACGCCCACGACGUCACUGCCUCCUCAGGCUCCCCUCCGCUUCUGCAGCAGACAGGAUGCCCCCCAGCCCCCCCCAGCCCCUCCCUCCCCCUACCAGGAGCAGCCCUGGGAGUACCUGGAGAGCGAAGAGUACCACCUGCUCUACGGCGCCAGCCCGGUCUGGCUUGGCUACCGCCGCAACCACAAGGGAGCCGUCCCCCCCCAGCGCACACGCAAGGCCUGCCUGCGCAGGGGCAAGCGCGUGGGGAACCCCUGCCCCAUCUGCCGGGACCCCAACCUGCACGUCCACUUCCGGAAUGUGAAGCUGCUGGAUCAAUUCAUCUGCCCCCAUUCAGGAGUCAUCCUGCACCCCACACAUACAGGGGUCUGCAUGAAGCAGCACAAGCUCCUGACCAAGGCCAUCGAGCAGGCCCAGGACCACGGUCUCCUCUGGCUGCAGGUGCCCUAUGUGCCAGUCCCCCGCGAGGACUUCUCCAACCAGCACCCUGCCAUCGGCAGGACCCCCCCGGCGCCUGCCCUGGCCCCCGGCAGCUACUGGUACCCCUGGUACGAGUGGCAGCAGCCCCCGGCCGCCGCUGUCGCCCGGCUCCGGCGCCUUUACAAGGGUUUCCUGAAGGAAGAAGCCCGCCCCGACGCCCCUCCGGCUCCCAGCGCUGAGCCCAAGGGGGAAUAA